AUGAGAAAGUUUGAUCCUUGGCCUGUGUUCUUUAAGCGCGAGUGGAAUCAGAACUGGCCUUUCCUCGUCGACUUUGCCAUCACCGGGACUCUAAUCACCAAGUUCUCUCUCAGUCUCACUGGCACUCCGCUCCAUCUUUCUUUCUCAUCCCAAUAA